UACAUUGAGCGCGGCCACGACGUGCGUGCGUCGGUGGGAACCCUCUGUACGGCGUCGGUGUUGGAGAGCUUACCAGCCACACGGCGCGGUGUAGGUGGCGGACAGGCAGCGAGCGGAUAAAAACAAAAUCUAUAUCGGGACAGCCCCAGCUGUCAGCGGCAGAAACCUGAACAGGUGGCCCCUUCAGUGUCUUAGCAGUACGCGUCAAGGUGCAGAGACCCUCAACAGCUUGCCUCGCCCGCUAAUCUCCUCUCUGACGACAGCGCAUUUACCUCGUGUGCGUAAAACCGGGAGUACAGCAGGUUCGGGGUUCGCGGGUCUGAUCAGACGGCAGGAUUGUACUCAGCAGUGUCGACCGAGUCCUCUUCACGAAGUUGCGUCUCGGAAAGCGUCUGUGUUUUGAGGCUUGAUUGAAGAGUUGGAUACGAUGACUCUGUGUUGGAUUUUAUAAUCUCUCCCCUCUGUGUUUGGAUUGUCCAGCAGCUGUAACGACUGACACUGAUAACAAAGCAUGUUGCCAGAAAUAAAUAACAAGACGUCACGACCAGAGGCCUUCCCUCACCCUCACAGGCUCCCUGUAGAAGGCAACCGCCUUGGAACAAACCGGCCCUGCUCACAGAAGUUUGCUCCCGGUGUGGGAACCUUGCCUCAGCUUGAGCCGCCAGUGGUCCAGGUGGUGGUCAGCAAUGCCAAAAAUCAACACCAGCAGUCGGACAACAUCCUGCCCCAAAUCGCCACCAAAGGGGGCCAAAACAACUAUCCGACACACCAGGAUGAGAGGCCGAAGCCCACACAGCAGUUCGCCAUGCGCUUUGGUGCAGCAAUGGACAAAGUGUCAGUCUCCCGUAACAGCAAGAUCUUAAGCAACAAGCUGGAGAAAGAGAAAUCAUAUGAGGGACAGAGGUUACCCAUGUCCCCCAUAGAGGCACUGAAGAACUUCCAGGAGCGACUGACGGAGUUUGAGCAGGAGGAGAUCAUGGACUACGCAGAGAUCUGGUUCAUGGGCGUGGGCUCUCAGAAGAUUGAGGGUUCCCAAGGCACACCGCAGAACAACGGAUAUGAUGACGAGCAUGGAAGCUACAUCAGGGUGCUGCAUGACCACAUUGGCUACAGGUUUGAAGUGCUUGAAGUGAUUGGGAAAGGCUCCUUUGGGCAGGUCCUCAAAUGUCUGGACCACAAGACCAAUGAACUCGUGGCCAUUAAAAUGAUACGCAAUAAGAAGAGGUUUCAUCACCAAGCUCUGGUGGAGCUGAAGAUCCUGGACGUGAUAAAGAGGAAAGACAAAGACAACCUCCACAACGUCAUCCACAUGAAGGAGUACUUCUACUUCCGCAAUCACCUCUGCAUCUCCUUUGAGCUCCUCGGGGUGAACUUGUACGAGCUCAUUAAAAAAAACAACUUCCAGGGCUUCAGUCUGGCUCUCAUCCGUCGCUUCACCCAUGCUCUGCUCAGGUGCCUGCAGAUGCUGCACAGGGAGAAGAUCAUCCACUGUGACCUCAAACCGGAGAACAUCCUUCUAUCUCAGAGAGGACCAGGGAACAUCAAGGUUGUGGACUUUGGAUCAAGCUGUUAUGAACAACAAAGGGUUUACACCUACAUCCAGAGUCGCUUCUACCGCUCUCCAGAGGUCAUCCUGGGGCACCCCUACAGCAUGGCCAUCGACAUGUGGAGUCUGGGUUGCAUCCUUGCUGAGCUCUACACAGGCUAUCCUCUUUUCCCAGGAGAGAGCGAGGCGGAGCAGAUAGCUUGCAUCAUGGAGGUUCUCGGAAUGCCUCCAAAUGAUUUUGUUCAGUCUGCAUCGAGGAGGAGGUUGUUCUUUGACUCAAAAGGAAACCCCAGGAACAUCACUAACAGCAAGGGGAAGAAGAGGAGACCCAACUCCAAGGAGCUGUCUGCUGCACUGAAAACUAAUGACGCUUUGUUCUUAGACUUCAUCAAACGCUGCCUCACCUGGGAUCCAACCAAGCGUAUGACUCCUGAUGAGGGCCUACAGCAUGCAUGGAUCCUGGAGGGGAAUUUCAACAAAGUUCGGCCAAGGCCAACCAGGCCAACUGUGAAGAAGACCUCUGACAGUUCAACCAGCACAGACAAUAGAGCUGCAGAGAAGGUCAACUCAGAGAGCAGCCCUACUGACAAGCUGAAGAGAGACAGUUCAGAAACAGGAACAAAAAUGUCCCCCGCCGAACGUCUGCGGCCCAUUGGGGCCUCAGCAGAGGAGGAGGUGUGUGAGAAUGAGGGCAAGUUCUCUGCGGAUACCAAGCAACAAGAAGGAGGUGGCGAGAGGCCUGUUCACAUCAUCAUAAAGCCGAAAGAGGAAGUGGGCACAGAGAGGAUGGAUAGCCAGGAACCGUCUCAGUGUUUGCCCCUGAUCAUCUAACAAAGGGAAUUGUGCUGCAUUCAUAACAAGCGGGAACUGGGAGCGUGUCUCACAUCCCAUCUGAGAGUGAUCUGAAUGGUUAUGUAGAAGUAAAUGGAUGGUUGAGGGAAGGUUGCUUUUGUUGGCCCUACACACACAGAAAACGUAAAGAUUAUUCACAUUCUCAUUUGCUACAAACACUGCCACGUUGUGUUUGUGCCUGUAUGAUGUGACCGAACAACAUAUUAGAGAAGCGAGAGGCAGAGAAAGGUCUGGAACUUCAGGUUGGAAAGCAGCUAAUCAAACAAAAUACUGAUGUACAGAGCGGACACACAGAUCUUCAGCAAAGAGGGACAUUUCCUUUUUAUUGAUUUAGGUAUAGUCAAGUGUAUUUUUUUUCUAUGGAACUUGGAGUUUGUAUGACAGUGAAAUCAUAAAACCAGUUCAUCUUUUUUUUUUUUUUACAAAGGAGUCAGGAUGCAGUUGCAGGCAGACAUUUUGUUUGUAUGUGUCACAACAGAGACGUUACAGUGUCUGCCACAUAGAAAUGCUAAAAAUCAAAUGGUUUAAAACACAGUUCAUAGCACAGCCACAACUUCCUGCUGUCUCUGUCUCCUGUAUUAUUUAUUGAACCCAAUCUUUGCUGUGCAUUGAAGUCUUUGAUAAACAGGUUAGACUUUACACACUUAUACGUUUUCAGUUUCCAUGUUAAAAAACAUAGUAGCUGACCUAAAAAAAAAGUGCAUGGGUAUGAAAUUGAUCAUAUUGUUGUUUUUGCAUCUUAUCAUUUUUUUUUCUUUUCAACAUUUUAGCAUUACUUUCAUAAUGGUAAAAGUAAACAAUUGUGUGCAAUAAAGGCUGAGCCAAAAAUGUUUUUUUUUUUUUUUUAAAUUCAUGUUAAAGGAAUAAUUGUCGUGUACUUUUUAAUUGUAGAAUGUUGGUGAUGAAAUAUCGGUUAUUAGUUAUUUUGUUUAUUUAUUAUGGAAUAUAUUUGAGCCUAUGUUUCAUAUUUGUUCAACAAUUUAAUUCAACAGUCAUAAAAGAUGUAUUUGUAAUAGAAUGUAUUGUAUAUUACUGCUGUAAUUUCCUAUGUCUGUGUAAUACAGAACACAUUUUAAGAAAAUAUUUCAGAUAUUUGAGGGUGUAGACAAGGUUUUACUUGUUGUGUUGUUUCUGUAUGAAAGCAUUUUGUAUGUCUGUGUUAUUCAUAAUAUUUUUUAUAUUAGAAACAAAAAGACAAUCCUAUUAUUGAUAGUUUGUGCCUUGCAGUAUUAGAAAUCUUGCACUUUACUAUUGUGUGUGCGUACACCUGGAUUAGAAACUACUGGAUGUCACACAGACAAGGGUUCAGAAUACCCCACCGGGAUCUCUUUUAUCUAAUGGUUACAGAGCAUAAUAAAACAGUUGUUUCAUUAUCAUGUACAUGUUCUUUGUACAAUUGGUCAAAAUGUUCAUUUGAGAACAGAGAUCUAAUUGAAAUUGAUGAUAGACUUGUGCCCUCACUGUCUAUUAGCUUAGCAAGCAGAGAUUCAAUGAGGAUGGAUUGUAGCUGAAAUGUGAAAAGUCAAGAAAAAUCAUUUUUAUGUCUUUUAUGAUGAAAUAAAACGUUGUUUCAAGGA